UUGUAUCAGACUGAGACAGGAGGAAGCAGCGACCGACUGGGCAGACUGGAGAGCCGCUUAGCUUCGAGAAAUACUGAAAAACCCGACCGCUUGGCACAUAAACUGAAGGGAUGGCAGCCAUCCGUAAGAAGCUGGUGAUAGUCGGCGAUGGAGCUUGUGGGAAGACUUGUCUUCUUAUCGUCUUCAGCAAGGACCAGUUCCCUGAGGUCUACGUUCCCACCGUGUUUGAGAACUAUGUUGCUGACAUCGAAGUGGACGGCAAACAGGUUGAGCUGGCUCUCUGGGACACGGCCGGUCAGGAGGACUACGACAGGCUGAGACCCCUCUCCUACCCAGACACUGACGUCAUCCUCAUGUGUUUCUCCAUAGACAGCCCCGACAGCUUGGAAAACAUUCCUGAAAAAUGGACCCCGGAGGUCAAACACUUCUGCCCCAACGUCCCUAUAAUCCUUGUAGGAAACAAGAAAGAUCUACGUAAUGAUGAACACACGCGUCGAGAGCUGGCCAAGAUGAAGCAGGAACCAGUCAAGUCAGAGGAAGGCCGGGACAUGGCCGGGCGCAUCGCAGCCUUUGGUUAUAUGGAGUGUUCUGCGAAGACUAAGGAUGGUGUACGGGAGGUGUUCGAGAUGGCCACCAGGGCGGCGCUGCAGGCCCGCCGCGGAAAGAAGAGCAAUAGAUGUACACUGCUGUAAAACGGCAGACAUAAAUGGACUGUUUUUGCCCUGGGCUGUUCUGCCCGGGGAUAGGGCUCAGUGGGGAAAGAGGGAUCACUAGAACGAGAGGGAGGGGAGGGAAGGGGAAGAAAAGACUGCAGUACAUGACUACCGCUGUAAACUGGCUGUUUGUUGGACUCUAUUUACCCUGGGACUUGGGUUUAGGAAGGAAGGAGCACAGUAAAUGACUGCCGCUGUAAACCAUCAGGCUCUUCACCUGUGUGUGUUUCAUUGGGGCAGGAGAUUUACACCAGCUACCAGCUGACAGCUGGUUAGAUUUGCUCUUUUUUGGCAAGCCACUGACACUGAUUGAGAUGAUCGAGGAAUCCCAGUCCGCUGUUAAAAUCAGACUGGUAGACCUUUGUUUUAAGGAAGACCGAAGUUUAGUUGUUUUUGCCACAAGGGGUGAAGGGGAGCUAUUCCUCCCCGAGUGCUCUAGGCUGCCGUUGGACCACAAAAGUUGCCAUGACGAAGUAAACACCAAACCAGAGCAGCAUCUCUUAGUUUUGCGUGAUGGAUUACUUGAACUUCCGUAAAAGUAGGCAAACACCAGUGGACUCUUAUUAACAGGAUCCUCCCACAAAUAGCCUUCCAGCGUUCAUCAUGAGCUAGAAAAUCGUCUCUAAGAUCGGACAUGAGCAGAGGCAACAUGCUCACACCUCUUUGCCUCUCACUGUGUCUAAUCCCACGCUUACACACUCCCAGAGACAAACAUGCUGAGAUUUAGUCUUGCUGAGAUAAUCCACAGGUCGCCUGAUAUCGAGCAUUGAUUGUAGAUCAAAUUUGAUAAUCUUAUUUAAAACGAGUCAUCACCAGAUCCAAACAGUUAGAUUUAGUCUUGCUGAGAUAAUCCACAGGUCGCCUGAUAUCGAGCAUUGAUUAUAGAUCAAAUUUGAUAAUCUUAUUUAAAACGAGUCAUCACCAGAUCUGGUCGUCAAGCUGUCGACUUCUUCUAUUAGCAGCGUCCAAAAGAUUAGUUGUGGCCACGCAAGGCAACCAAACGACUGCCUGCUCUGCUCCUGGUGCAUCCACUUUGAUCGGUGAUCAUUUGCAUGCUCUUUUUCCAUUUACCGGUAAAUCGAGUCGCCCUGAAUCAGUGGAAGUGGCAGAGGAAUCGACGUCCCAUUGGACGGCAGAGGUAGCUUUCUGCCCCGCAUGGCGAGGCCUGAGCAGCUCCAAUCCCUUCCUGUUCCACUUAGCUGACCGCUGGUGCUCACCUUGCCCUGACGUUUAGACCAGGACAAAGAACAAGGAGAGGGAGGGGGGGUAAUACUGUUUACAUGCACAAAAACUGAUCCUCUUGUUUGAGAUGAACAGUGAAAUUCUUGUUUAGGCAUGUAAAGAAAGAGAUUGAACACACAGUAGAGGUAAUUCUUUAUUUUAAUUAUAUUUUUAGAGGAAGUAAGGUGCCUCUGAUGGACCCUUAUUUACAUAUUCGAGUUCUGCUAGUAAACUAUCUGCUUCGUCGGUGAAGCGGACAAACAAAAACACAUUUAUCUGGAAGAUUUUCCACGGGAACGUCUCACUCAUCGGGUUGGUCGACCAGAUGGAUUUUUGUGCAGGUAAUCUUAAGUUGCUGUGCAGUGAAAGGAUUAACCUCCUGCUGUUCGUUUUGGAAUAUUUUAAAGACGUUUUCUUAAAAGAUGUAUGGCCAGUUUUUAUUUGGGUUAAUAAACAGUUUAUUUUUUAAUGUCUAACUGGCAGAUUCAGGGUCUCUUGGCAGCAUUAUACCCUCCUGUUCUUCUUCCUGGCCUACUGGGUGGAGCCUGUUCCAGAAACCAGUCUUGUGUUGUAUUUGUAUUUUAUUUCCAGCUUUUUAAAAAUAAGAAAGUCAUAAACAAUGUCUAUCAGUAUUUAAAAAAAAAAAAAAUAGGAGGUGGAAGUCUUCGGGAAUUAUUUGUGUUAUUGCUCGAGUUUCUUUGGCUUUUGUUUUUUUUGCCUUCUUGGCGCUUUACCAGAAUUUUUCUGAUGAUUUACAUUUGGUUGUAAGAAACUGUCAAUCAUCCCUGCCAAAUGCUGUUGUUAGGCAGUCAGGAGAAAGGCUGGCCUCUCGGCUGCCUGUCUAGGGCAUCGCCAGGGUCAGGAGUGCUGGCUUUUGAAAAUUUUUUUUUUUUUUUUUUCUUUCCUGUUUGUUUUGCACACAAAUGUGGCUGAAAAGACGGAGGAGCGCGGCGGCAUAAAUCGGCUCGACUCAUAAUGUAGAAUUUUUAUUUUAUUUUUUUUUAAGAUUUUACUCUUGAUUUUUAAAUCCUGAUUUAUUUUUUCUUGGAUGCUGAAGCAGUGACGUAAACGAAAGAAACAAGAAAACCACGCUGUAUGCAAAGUCUGUAAAUAUGAAAUGUGGGGGUUUGUUCAUACUAAACUAUACACACGCACAUGACUGGAAACUGUAUUUGUAAACUAGCUUUGGUUUGUGUAAUAAAUUACUUUCUAUAACACCCA